GUCACACGAUGCGGGACGUUGACACACUCUUAUCUCCUACCUGAUGACGACUUCUGUGACUAUUGAGAGGUUCUCAGUUCCUAGAAAGAGAAAUGUUUGUCUCUUGUUCUUUCUUGUGAAUUUCGCACCAGGGCAGCGCCGCGACUGCCACGCUUGGCCAAUAAAACUGAUUCUGAUUCUGUUGAUUUGUGCUUUGACUUGUGAGCACAAAUCUGAAGAUUGGCGGUACGAGUUGCCACGAGGCGCCAGUGAAGUGAACUCAAACCGACUUAAUUCGCAAGUUUAGUUUUAAGCGUCAAAAAUGGUUCAAAAGAGAAAAUCGCAGCUGUUUCCUGUCUCAGGGAACCAGAAUCCGAAUCAGCUACGUAAACGACACGCGAGAAGUUGGAGCCGGCCAAGUACGGCGUCCAUGUUGAGCACAAAAAGACAAGAAAAUAAGUGAAGCUCAAUUUUGAAAGUCUUCUCAAAAAAAGGAAAACAAGUUUGGCAUUCCAGCGGCGACGGGACCUCAUGGAGUACGACGGCGAAACGGCCGAGGACCGAGCGGCGCCGACGGCUCUUUCCGGGAGCCUCGCGGAGGACCCUUCCUACGGGGGGAGCGGCUCGGACUCGGGCGAGGAGACGGGGGCCCCGGCGCCGUCCUCGGGGUCGGAAGCGGACGAGGCCGCCACCGAGGCCGUGGCGUCCUCGCCGGACGGGCGCUUCCUCAAGUUCGACAUCGAGAUCGGACGAGGAUCCUUCAAGAACGUCUACAAGGGCCUCGACACCGAGACCACCGUGGAGGUGGCCUGGUGCGAGCUGCAGACCCAGCGGCUGACCCGCGCCGAGCGCCAGCGUUUCGGAGAGGAGGUGGAGAUGCUCAAGGGGCUCCAGCACCCAAAUAUCGUUCGUUUUUUCGACUCGUGGAAGUCGGGGCCGAACGGUCGCAAGUGCACGGUCCUGGUGACCGAGCUCAUGACGUCGGGGACGCUCAAGACUUACCUUCGCAGAUUCCGUCCCAUGAAGCUGAAACUGCUUCAGCGUUGGAGCUUCCAGAUCCUCAAAGGCCUUCACUUCCUGCACUCGCGCAGCCCUCCUAUCCUGCACCGCGACCUCAAGUGUGACAACGUGUUCAUCACGGGACCCUCGGGCUCCGUCAAGAUCGGAGACCUCGGCCUGGCCACCCUCAAGAAGGCCUCCUUCGCCAAGAGCGUCAUCGGGACCCCGGAGUUCAUGGCUCCCGAGAUGUACGAGGAGAAGUACGACGAGGCGGUGGACGUGUACGCCUUCGGGAUGUGCAUCCUGGAGAUGGCCACGUCCGAGUAUCCGUACUCCGAGUGUGAAAACGCCGCUCAGAUUUACCGCAAGGUCACCAGCGGAAUCAAGCCGGACAGUUUAUCCAAGGUCACAGUUCCCGAGCUGAAGGACAUCAUCGAGGGAUGCAUCCGCACCGACAGCAGCGAGAGGUUCACAGUUCAGGACCUCCUGGACCGGCGCUUCUUCCAGGCUGAGCUGGGCAUUCACGUGGAGCCGGCAGAGGACGACGACGGCAGCAAGUCGGCGCUCAUGCUGUGGUUGAGGAUGGACGGCCCGAAGAGGCUUCACGGAAAGUACAAAGACAACAACGCCAUCGAGUUCCUCUACGAGCUCCACAACGACGUGCCCGAGGUGGUCGCCCAGGAGAUGGUGGUGCUGGGCUUCGUCUCCGAGGGCGACUGCAAGCUGGUGGCGGCGGCCAUCCGAGACGGCGUCACCGCCGUCAAGCGGCGGCGGCUCAAACGGCGCCAGAUGGCCGAAGAGGCCGCCCGGGAGAUUGAACAGUGCCAUCGGCGGGGGGGGAACUCCGAAGCUAGCGCCGCGCCUCGGCUACGAGCGCCGUCCCCUGCCGCGUCGACGUCAUCCGCCGACGGGAGCCAAACUUUGGCCGCUACAGCGACGCGCCUGUCGGAGGCCCCGCCCCCUCCCGUGGCUUUGCACCCCGGGGCCCGGCUGUCUAAGGCUCCGCCGUUUCCUGUCCUGCGGUACCCGAGGAGCCUGGCGGUGUUGCAACACGAGCCCGCGCAAGCGAGACACGGGGUCUCCUCACCUGCCGACAGCUGCGCAUCUGACGUGACGUCGGGUUUGAGCGACGGGAACGACGGCCAAUCGGACAAGAGCUACCGGGAGGUGACGGAGCGCCAUCCUGACAGGAAGCUGAGGAGGAAAAUGAGGGCGCAGCUGAGGCUCACGGGGGUGUCCGACAUGGCCGACCGCGUGGUGGAAUGUCAGCUGAUCACUCAUGACGGCAAGAUGGUGACGUUCAAGUUUGACCUGGACGGAGACAACCCCGAAGACAUCGCCUCCGUCAUGUUGCACAGAGACUUCAUCCUGGCGAGCGAGCGAACGGGAUUCGUCCUGCGCAUGUAUGACAUCAUCAGUCGGGCGGAGUCCAUGAUGAUGCAACAGAAGCAGACCAAGAUGGCGGCCGAGCGCUUGUCCAGGACGCCGCUCAAUGGCCCCCCCUCGGCCCCACCAGCUGCUCAGUACCCGGCGUACCCUCCCUACGCCGCCCCUCCUCAAUGGCCGCCCUUGGCUCCCCCGCACCCCCCCCUCGUGGGCGUCCUGUCCCAGUGGCCACCUCCCGACCAACCCCUCUUCUCUCUGGCCAACGUGAUGUCGUUAGCCGUGAGCAUGGCGCACUCCUUGCUGCCCACGCACGGCAGCUACCGGCCCCCCGUCCGCACCUCCUUGCCUCCCGCGUCACCGGGAUUGGGCCACGCCUCCGUCCGGGCGCCUUCGCCCGUCGGGACAGGGGCCGCCCAUCAGGACGAGGUCCCCUUCGGUCCGGCACAGCUUAAGUACCCCCCAAGCCUCCCCCCUCACGGUUCUGCCUCGCCCCCGUCCCUGCUGGCUCCGCCUCUUCCACACCUGCAAGCGCCGUCGACCGGACCGCCGGCCACACGUGACGCGGUGACUCCGCCCACCCGAACCGUGGGUCGUUUCCAAGUGACGAACUCGGAACCGCAGACGGCGCGCUCCCCGCCCCCGUCUCAGGCGAGCCAAUCGGAGAGCUCCGAGAGCGUCUCCGAGGAAGGGAGCCGAUCGGUGAGCAGUUGCGACGACGACGCGGGAGGACGGCCGGAGGAGCGAAGGAAGAGGAGCGGCCGCAAACUGAUGGGCGGCGCGUGGGAGGGGACGUCCGGCGGGCAGUCGCGGAGCCGCUCUUACGCCACGUCCGACGACUCGGAGGACGACGACGACGACGCGUGCGACGAGCUGAAGGAGAUCCGGGAAAGACACCUGCUGGAGGUGCGGCGCUUACAGGCCAAUCAGAAGCGAGAGAUGGACGAGCUGUGCCAAAGGAUGGGCAAAGGCUCGCCCCUCGGCGCGGUGGCCCCCGCCGCCAUGUUGAACCGUCGCCUCCACAGGCCCGACGUGCCGCCGCCGGCAGGGAUCAUGAGAAGGCGCUCUUUGGAGAGGCCCAGCAGGGUGUCGUUUGUGCCGGGACACACGUAUGUGCCAGACACCAACCUGAGCGUUGAAGAAGAAGAAACGCGAUGACGCUUUCGACUCUGGAAGAUUCUCCUUCAGCGAGCGGCUGAUCGAAGCCAAGCUAGCUAUCGAUGCUAACCCUUCGUGAGAACGCCAGCGGCUUCCAG